GCAGGUACUACAAAUAUGGUUGACCAAAACGACGAGUUAAUUUGUGCAAGUGCGGCAUUCAUUAUAUUACAUGAUUUGUUAAAACGUAAAAAAAAGAUGCCGAAGAGGUGGUGGCAAGUAACUUUGUUGAGAAACAGAAGUGCAUAUAGCGGUAGUAAUUUAUUAAGAGAGCUAUCAAUCGAGGAAGAUUAUGGUCUGUUUAAAAAUUUCUGCAGAAUAUCUAGAGAGGAUUUUGUAAAUUUACUACAACUUGUUGAAUUAAAAAUAAUGAAAAGUGAUAUGAACUAUCGAAGAGCAAUUCCUGCAAUAGAGCGACUAGCCGUAACACUACGAUCCCUGGCUACAGGAGAUUCCUACACUUCUCUCAUGUACACCUUUAAGAUAUCUAAACAGGCUAUAUCAAAAAUAGUACCAGAAGUUUGUAACGCUAUUGUUGAGGUAUUACAAGAUAAUGUAAAGUUGCCACAAACUGAAGAAGAUUGGUUGCAUAUUGCAAAGCAGUUUGAGAAAUUAUGGAAUUUUCCUAAUUGUGUCGGCGCUCUAGAUGGUAAACAUGUAGUAAUACAAGCACCAAGAAAGAGUGGAAGUGAAUUUUAUAAUUAUAAAAGUACCUUUAGUAUAGUUUUAAUGGCUGUUGUUGACGCAGAUUAUUGCUUUACUUUUGCUGAUGUUGGGUGCCAGGGAAGAAUAUCAGAUGGCGGUGUUAUAAGAAAUACAUCAUUUUUCAAAAAGUUAUGAUGCAUUUCCUCUGCACAACCAUAUUUUGAAACCAUACCCUGGUGUUAAUGAGAAAGGCUCUAUUGAGCGAAUAUACAAUUAUCGAUUGUCAAGGGCUAGAAGGAUAGUCGAAAACGUAUUCGGUAUUAUGACAGCAGUCGUUAGAGUUUUGAGAAAGCCGAUUUUGCUAGAACCACAAAAUGUUCAAAAAAUUGUGUUAGCUUGUGUUCAUUUGCAUAAUUA